AGUGAGCCUUAUAUACCUAUAUAUACGCAUACCUCGAUCGAUAUUAUCAACGAGGAAUAGCAUCAAGCAUCAAGCAUCAAGCAUCCAGCAUCUAUCCAUAAUCACCAACCGAGCCAUCAAAAAUGUCCGUCCUCUCCGUCUCCAUAUCCGACACGCACACCUUCGGCAAGACGCCCACCGACUACAUCUAUCUCCUGCGGCAACACGGCGUCCAAGGAGACGCGCACUGCAGUCCGCGGCCCUCAACCAGCAACCUCCGCCAAGUGCACCUCGUGGCCUCCGAGCUAUUCUCCGACCUAGCCACGCCCUCCUCACGCUACCCAUCCUUCCAGCUCUCACCAGGAAGUCUAGGCGAGAACAUCACGACGCAAGGCGUAGAUCUGGUGCGUUUGGGCGAAGGCACGAGAUUGCAUUUCGGCGAUCAUGAAGGACAUGCUGUGGUCCGCAUUACAGGGUUGAGGGAUCCGAGGAAGAGAUUGGGGGAGUGGCCGCAGGGACUCCUGGAGAGGUGCAGUUUGAAGGAUAAGAAGGGGAAGGUGGUCGGUAAGAAGGUGGGCGUUAUGGGCGUUGUUGAGGAGGAGGGCUAUGUGAAACCGGGUUAUGUCAUUUAUGUCGAGCCGCCUAAGACGUUUAAGAUGUUGGGGAAUGUGUAGAGGUGCCGUGCUGGCUUGGGGAUAAUAGGCUGGGGGGAAUCUUCGCUCUUCGUGGAUGGGGGCUUUUGUGGAGGUAUUCUUUGGGCAUGGCUCGAUCAGCAGGGCAAAUUUUUUUCUUUUCAUGAUUGUAGUCUCGCCUGAAUAUACUUUUGAGUUCUUCUGCCACUGCUUUUGCUUUUCAUAUGGCUAGUAAUGUUGUGAUGUCGGGUAGCCUCUGUCCCGUGUUAUAGCAGCCAACCCAUUUCAUCCCGUUCAUGUUCAGAGCUCCUUUCCCUCCGCCGUAUGACACAG